AUGUUUAACUGGACAAAUCAACCAAUGGUUAAUAACAUGCCAUUGGCUAACCUACUGGUGUCGUCAUCAAUUCUUUUUAGUGGUAGCCUGCCAUCAAAAGCUUUACAAGUCUUUUGCCAUUUGAACAUCAAAGUAAUUUCACUACAAACAUUUUUUCAACACCAAAGACAAUUCCUGCAACCAGCUGUAUCAACAUUAUGGACACGAAAACAAUCACUAUACAUAGCUGAAACAGAACGAAUGGGUAUACCAAUAGUCAUGGGUGGAGAUGGACGUGCAGACAGCCCUGGGUAUUCGGCAAAAAAUGGGAGCUAUACUCCUAUGGAUUUGAAUCGCCAAAUGAUUGUUAGUAUAGAAUUGGUACAGAGCAACAAAGUAUCUGGUAGUCCUAAUAUGGAGAAAGAAGGUCUUAUUAGAACUUUUAAGUUUUUUGAAAAUACUGAAGUAAGAGUUGGUACACUUGUUACUGACAGGCAUUCUGGAAUUGCAAAAUUCAUACGUGAAAAGUAUCCUCAAAUAACCUAUUGUUAUGAUGGGUGGCAUGUUGCUAAAUCUCUCAGAAAAAAAAUUGAGAAAUUAGUGAAAGAGAAAGACUGUGGUAUUGUUGGUGAAUGGCUUAAAAGUAUUGUUAAUCAUUUGUACUGGUCAGCAGUCUCCACACCAAGUGGCAAUAGUGAUGUGAUACUUGCCAAAUGGUUGUCAUUGGACAACCAUAUUCAGAAUAAGCAUUCACAUAGUAGUAAACACUUCAAGAAAUGUUUACAUAGACGAAUAACUAGAUGCAGGAAAUGGCUAAAAAGACAUACAAAACCUAGUGAGAACCUGACAAAGAUUAUAGUGGAUAAAAGGUUUUGUAAUAGUGUGAAGAAGCUAUCUCCAGUUUAUCAGACAUCUAAGGUUGAAGCAUUUCAUAGCGUAGUACUACACUUUGCUCCUAAGUUAGUCUCAUUUUCAUACAAUGGAAUGCUAACUAGGCUAAGGCUUGCUGCUCUGCACUACAAUGAAAACAGUGCGAGACUUCAAAGCAAAACCAAGUCUGGUGAGAAUAGAUUUUCUAUCUCCUAUCCUAAAUAUAAGAAAGGAGGUUAUAUUGUAAGAAAAAUUAUGGAUAAUCCAACGUAUGAUUAUGUUAAAGUACUAUUUCAACUGGCCAUCGAGAACCUAGAAAAAUCUAACAGAGCCACAUCGCUUACAAAUGUAGAGCCAACUCCACUUUGUGCCAAUUAUGAGCACCCAAAUAAGGAAGAUGCAAUUAAGAAACAUCAGAAAAUCAGGAUAUUCAAAUCCUCUGUAAGUUCAAAAAGGAAAUUCUUCUCUAAUCUUUAUUACAACACAGGAUGUUUGAAAGACAUUCACUUCUCUGAUGGCAGCCACGGGAUACAGCAGCUUUUCAUUUAUGUCAUUCAAAACAACUGUCACUACAUCCAAUCCUGCGACUGUGACAUCAGUUGUCAAAAAUUCAAGUAUUUCUUUAAGUUACAUGUCAUAUACUCAAG